UUUUACAAAUCCAAACGGCAUCACUCGCAUCCUUCGAUCCCGGCCUCCCGCCUUGUUAAAUCCGAUGCCUUCACUUUAAUUCUAUAUUCUCUCAAUCAUCAUCAACUACCAAAGUUCCUCCCAUGGCCGACAUCACUCCAAUCCCAAACCUUUUGUUCAUCACUCUCCUUCUCCUCUCUAUCGUCUUCCCCGCUCAUACUUACCAGGUUCGCCUCGAUGAACACCAACCUCUCUCCAAAAUUGAUGUUUACAAGGCUACUCUUGCACUCCGAAGUACCGCUUCCAUUAGAGCCUCGCCGCUUGUUCUUGGCCUCAAUGGCGAGGAUACCGAGUGGGUGACUGUAAAGUUUAUACAUCCUGAACCCUCGGCAGAUGAUUGGAUAGCAGUGUUUUCUCCUGCCAAGUUCAACGCAUCAGGCUGUCCUAGUUCAAAUAAAAGGGUUCAAACUCCAUCAAUCUGCUCAAGCCCAAUAAAGUUCAAUUAUGCAAACUACACAAAUCGAAAUUAUGUGAAGACAGGAAAAGCUUCUUUGGCGUUCCAAUUGAUCAAUCAGCGAGCAGAUUUUUCAUUUGCUUUGUUUUCAGGAGGUCUCUCCAAUCCAAAACUUAUUGCUGUUUCAAAUCCCUUAUCAUUUAAGAAUCCAAAAGCACCAUUGUUUCCUCGCCUUGCACAUGGCAAACUGUGGAAUGAAAUGACAGUAACCUGGACAAGCGGGUAUGAUAUAAGUGAUGCUACUCCAUUUGUCGAAUGGGGUCUAGAAGGGGAGGCACAAACAAGAUCACCAGCUGGCACACUGACAUUUAGUAGGAACAGCAUGUGUGAUGCACCUGCACGAACUGUUGGUUGGCGUGAUCCUGGUUUCUUUCACACGAGUUUCCUACAGAACUUAUGGCCAAACGCCGUGUACACUUACAGAAUGGGUCAUCGCUUGCUUAGUGGAUCAUAUAUUUGGAGCAAGAGCUAUUCAUUCAAGUCAUCACCGUAUCCUGGUGAAGAAUCAUUACAGCGUGUCAUUAUAUUUGGUGAUAUGGGGAAGGGACAACGUGAUGGCUCGAAUGAAUUUAGCAACUAUCAGCCUGGAGCAUUGAACACCACCGAUCAGCUCGUCAAAGACUUGAACAAUAUUGACAUUGUUUUCCAUAUCGGAGACCUGUCUUAUGCAAAUGGGUAUCUCUCAGAGUGGGACCAAUUUACUGCACAGGUGGAGCCCAUUGCAUCCAGGGUCCCCUACAUGGUUGCAAGUGGUAACCAUGAGCGUGACUGGCCAAACACCGGAUCCUUCUAUUCAAACAUGGAUUCGGGUGGGGAGUGUGGAGUUCCGGCGGAGACCAUGUUCUACUUUCCUGCUGAAAACAGAGCAAAGUUCUGGUAUUCAACGGAUUAUGGAUUGUUCCGGUUUUGUAUAGCUGAUACAGAACAUGACUGGCGAGAGGGGUCAGAACAGUACAGAUUCAUAGAGCAAUGCCUUGCAUCAGCAGAUAGACAAAAACAACCUUGGUUGAUAUUCGCUGCUCAUCGUGUGCUCGGCUACUCUUCCAAUGACUGGUAUGCAUCGCAGGGCUCAUUUGAGGAGCCUAUGGGAAGGGAAAGCCUUCAGAAUCUCUGGCAGAAGUAUCGGGUUGAUAUUGCCUUCUAUGGCCAUGUCCAUAACUACGAAAGAACAUGUCCAGUUUAUCAGCAUCAAUGCGUGAACGCGGAAAAAACUCAGUAUUCAGGCACAAUGAACGGCACGAUCCACGUAGUGGUUGGUGGAGCAGGGAGCCACCUAUCCCCAUUCACCGAAGAGAUCCCAAAAUGGAGCAUUUAUAGAGAUUUCGAUUAUGGAUUCGUAAAGAUGACAGCAUUCAACCGCUCCUCUUUGCUCUUCGAGUACAAGAGAAGCAGCGACGGUAAGGUUUAUGAUUCGUUUACCAUUUCAAGGGACUACAGAGACGUCUUGGCCUGUGUUCCCGACAGUUGUCAACCCACAACUUUGGCUGCUUGAACUUCUCCCUAUUUCUCCUCCUCUUUGCAUAUACCUGUUUUUGUCAGUUUAGGUUGUUUAGAAAAUAGUUAUGCUUUCUGCGUUGUCUCAUAAGUAGUUAGUUUCUCGAUCAUUUUUAAUCGUAAUUUUGAUGUCCAGCCUAAGUUCCUAAUCUAUUUUUCUCUACAAAAGAGCUCAGUAUUGGAACAAUAAUGUAUAUUGCACAUAUACAUACAUAGGAUUCUUCUAAGUAGUUAUAAGUCUAUCAAAACAGACAUUGUGAGUGA